AUGAGAAACGGCUACUUCACCAGGCUAAAGGCCAAACGAGAUUAUUCAUGGGUUGGCUGUGAAGCUUACGACAGGAAACUUCACUACAAAUUCUACAAAAGUAUCUGUAUGACAAAUUCAGGCAGUGACAUCAAAGUCCAGGUCAAUGUUGGGGACUUUGUUUUUGUGGAAGGGUACGACGAUGACAACCCAUAUAUCGCUAAGCUGAUCAAGCUUUCCAGGGAUGUCUCUCCUGGAGGGUCUGAGACCAACUCACACGCCGUGGUCCAGUGGUUUAUUCGCCUGAGCGAGGUCCCCAUCAGCAAGCGCAAGCUGCUGGGCCGAGAGCCGGCGGCCCAGGAGAUAUUCUGGUUUGAGGACCCUCCGAGGGACAUCAGCGUUAAGAGUAUCCUUGGUCCAGUUCAGGUGGUGGCUCUGGCCCCGGAGGAGGCGAUUCCGCCGGGCCGGAACGACGAGCGGACAUUCUACGUGAAGCAGUCCUGGGACAGUAAGCGCUUCCGCCCCCUGGCCGCAGAGCUGCUGGCCGAGAUGAAGAAGCCGCGAGAGACGAGCCCUCCGCGCCACGCCUCUCCCGGGGUGGCGGGGGCCAGGCGUGCCAGCACCGCCGAGCGGGGGGUCGGGCGGAUAGAGUCCCGCCAUUCCAUCUCCAAGUCCUGUCCCUCGCGGGAACUUCGAGCCGGCCGGACUCCCCGUUCUUCCACCCCUCCCCGGGCCAGGAAGCGGCUGGACCUCGGCAGCCCCCAGAGGACACCCUGCCGGGCUCCCUGCACCAGGCCCGCCCAGCCUAAGCUUCCAAAUAGUCCCUGCAGCUUUCCGGGACCCACUAAGCGGAAAAUGGCCUUCCCUGAGGCCGCUUCGCCUUCUAAGAAGUCUCGGGCCCUUCCUGCGGCUCCGAUAGAGGAAACAAGGAUCAGUCCUCUGCGGGCACGGGUGGAGGCGAGCCCUUCCCUGCUCUUGAAGCCAAAAAGUGUAGCUUUCAGUGAUAUCUCUGAACUUUCUAGCAGGGGAGCCAGAAACACUGAGGCAGAGGAGGACCAGACCAAUAGCCCACCAAGGCAUAGGAAACAGUUUCUCAAGUCCUGGAGAAAGACCAAAGACUAUUUAAGGACAUUAGGGAACCACAAAUGUGGCUCAGAAGAUGGAGAUGAAUAUUUAGUGGAAGAAGAAAGCUCUAACUCUGACUACAGCACUGAUGAGGAGGAGACUUCCACACCCCACAAACUCCAGAGAAGACAGAACACCAUGGUUGGUGCCCGGCACUCAACCCGAAAGACUUCUGUUGAGACCACCCCUUCCAAGACACCUUGUAAGACUCCCUCCAAGACCCCUUCCAAGACACAUUCCAAGACUCCCUCCAAGACCCCUUCCAAGACACCUUGUAAGACUCCCUCCAAGACACGUUCCAAGACUCCCUCCAAGACCCCUUCCAAGACGCGUUGUAAGACUCCCUCCAAGACAACUUUCCCUUUCUUGCAGCCGGAGCUCAGAACCCCCCAGAUCCGCCAGCGCAGACAGAAGACCCAGAAACCCAGCAACACGCUCGAAGAGGCGCAGCUGAGGCUGCACGUCUCUUUUGUGCCCGAGUCUCUGCCUUGCAGGGAGCAGGAGUUCCAAGACAUCUACAAUUUUGUGGAAAGCAAACUUCUGGACAGGACCGGAGGGUGCAUGUACAUCUCCGGGGUCCCCGGGACGGGGAAGACGGCCAUCGUGCACGAGGUGGUGCGGUGCCUGCAGCAGGCUGCCCAGAAAGACGAGCUGCCCUCCUUCCACUACGUGGAGGUCAAUGGCAUGAAGCUGACCGAGCCCCAUCAGGCCUACGUGCAAAUCCUGCAGAAACUGACCGGUCAAAAGGCCACGGCCAGCCACGCCGCGGAGCUGCUGCAGAGGCGGUUCAGCCAGCCCGCACCCAGCCAGGAGACUACCGUGCUGCUAAUGGACGAGCUCGACCUCCUGUGGACCCCGAAACAGGAUGUGCUGUACAACCUGUUUGACUGGCCCACACACCGCAGCGCCCGGCUCGUCGUCCUGGCCAUCGCCAACACGAUGGACCUGCCCGAGAGGAUGCUGAUGAGCCGAGUGGCCAGCCGCCUGGGCCUCACCAGGAUGUCCUUCCAGCCUUACACCUACAAGCAGCUCCAGCAGAUCGUCGAGUCGCGCCUGGAAGGCGUGAAGGCCUUGGAGGAGGAUGCCAUCCAGCUGGUGUCCAGGAAGGUGGCGGCCCUGUCCGGCGAUGCCCGGCGCUGCCUGGACAUCUGCAGGCGAGCCACAGAGAUCUGCGAAUUCUCCAGCCAAAAGCCAGAUUCCUCGGGCCUGGUCAAGGUGGCCCAUAUCCUACAGGCGGUGGAAGAAAUGUUUUCCUCCUCUUACAUCAUGGCCAUCAGGAAUGCCUCCGUCCUGGAGCAGGGCUUCCUGAGAGCCAUCCUUGCAGAAUUCCACCGGUCGGGACUGGAAGAGGCGACCCUUCAGCAGGUCUACCAGCAGCACGUGGCCUUGUGCAGAAUCGAGGGUCUGCCGCACCCCACGGUGUCCGAGACCAUGGCCGUGUGCUCGCGCCUGGGCUCCUGCCGCCUCCUGCUGGUGGAACCCAGCAGAAAUGACCUGUUACUGCGCGUGCGCCUGAACGUUAGCCAGGACGACGUGCUCUACGCACUGAAGGAAGAGUGA